UUUCAAUAAUUCCAAUUGGAUUUGUUUGUUAUGCCGAAGCAGCUGAUUGUUAAGAGUAAAAAAUAAAAUUGGUUAACUGCCACGAAAUAAAGUGUUAAUCAUCAGGUGCACGAUUUAUUAGUGCUUAUCGUGAAUUUCUAUUAGCUGUGAUAAGACAAAGAUAUAUUCAUAGCAUUGAAAAGUUCUAAAGCGUAAAACAUAGCAGGUUGUUGAAAGAAAUUGAUAGAUUCUAUUGACAAUAAAUUCGUAAGCGUGUACAUCUCGCCUAUGAGGCGCCAGUAAGUUUGCAACCGGAGAAUCGAUAAACAGAAAGUGUCAGUUAUUAAAUCCAUAAAUACUUAUGACGUCGCGGCAGAUUCUAAGAAUUUCAUAAUCUUAGCUAAAGUAGUUUCAGAUAUCAUAAACAAAACUGCAAUGAAUAAGCAAGUGAUAACAUUUUGCGUGUCGAUCUUGAUAGUGUUAGACAGUGGUUAUGCUGAUACUAAUGACCCACUGAUCUUUUCCACUAAUGACUGCGAGUUAACAGAGCCAGUUUAUGGGGAGAAAUUCAACCUCAAAGCCUUACAUUCCGACAUUGCAAAGGUUGUGAAGAGCGACAAGGACGACACAUUCGAGUACAAUAUUUGUGGCAGUUUGGGCCGGGCAUGUAAUGGUGAUAACAAUGCGUCUGCUUGCCUUAGGAGGGGCAAUCAGGAGUUUGUGCUCGGCACUCAACACCAAUUAAACUAUUGGCGUGGCAAAAUGUACUUUGAAUUUAGUAAUGGCGCCAAGUGUCCCAGCGGCGAUGGCGAGUUUAAAUUGUUUGUGUACCUUGGCUGUGACUACACAUUGGAUGCUGAACAAUCGAAAGUGACAUCAUAUUCCGCCGAUGCGUGUAACUUCUAUAUAUCAUUAGAGACACCAUAUGCCUGUUUGCCUGAACCCGAAACGGUUAAAUCAAAUGGUUGCAGUGUGCAGGACCCCGUUAAUGGACACAAUUAUGAUCUGCUUGCGUUGAGUGACUUUAAUUAUAGAACACGCGAUCGACAGGGCAAUGUGUUUGUGGUGAACAUUUGCAAGCCAGUGCUGUAUGGUGAGAAUGCAAUGUGUCCCAAAGCGAGUAGUGUAUGUUUAGUAAAAUUAAACUCCACUGACUACAAACAACGGUUUGUUGACUAUGGUACCGUGCAGCCUAAUCCUAUAUUAGAAAAUGGCAAUUUGAUCAUGCGGCUGCCAUCCCCAACACCUUAUAAUGCGACACAUAAUUACUCCUCAACAAUACAUUUCAUAUGUGAUAAUGAGAUAAAGAGUUCAAAAUUGUCAUUUAUCGGCGCCAAAGAGAACGUGUAUGAAUUUUCGUUUACCACGUCUUUGGCCUGUAAUAACAAUCCACCAUGCACUACGAUAACCCAUGGCAAUGAAGUUUUGGAUAUGCGAUCGCUGCAGGGUAAGACAUACGAGCUGUCGAUGCCUUCAAAUAAAAAUUAUACGUUCGGCAUCUGUUCGAAUGCGGGUCAUCCGUGCUUGUCAAAUGAUGGCGCUUGCCUCGUCGAGAACCAACAGACCACCAGUAUGGGCCAAAGCAAUUCACAACUACGUUCCGAUCGUUCCGGCUCACCAUAUUUGCUGUACACCGAUGGAGCACUUUGUGAUGGCCAAAACAAGUGGUCGACGAGAAUUGAGUUUGUCUGUGCCAAUAAUGCGACCAAAGACAAUGGGACAGCGAAUGGCAACGGCGACAGCAACACCAGCAAUGCAUUGGGUCCGAAAAUAAUCGAAAAUAAAAAUUGCCAACUACUAAUUCACUUUCAAACACCAUUCGCUUGUCAUGAGCAGAUUGCCUGCAAAGUCAAAGUCUAUGUUGAGCAUUCGGAGGAUGGAACCAGCGAGGAGGUGGUCGAUUUGACGCCAUUGAUUAGUGCAACGGACAACUAUGAAGCCGAAAUUAAUAACGCAUCGAUAACGGAACAACAAGUGCCUAAAUCGACCAAGUUUUUCCUCAAUGUCUGCCGUCCGUUGGUGCCGAAAUACGGCUUGGGUUGCACGGGUGGCUCGGCAGCCUGCAUGGCUAAGGUGGAUUCGUCGUCGGCGACACCGGAGGAGGAGAAGAGUCUUGGUUUCCCAAUGGCCUCGUUGGUCGCCUACAAUCGCACCGUCGCGGAAUUACGUUAUCUGCGCGGCAGCGCUUGCCCCACGGACAGCAAUACGGAACUCUCCUCUAGUAUUAAAUUCAACUGUGAUAUGCGCGCCGGUCUGGGCAAACCAAUUCUGCAGACAAUUACAGAUUGUUAUUACGAAUUCCAGUGGACGACGAACGUUAUAUGUCCCUCACAUAUGUGUACUUUUAAUGAGGAGACUUGCGAAAUAAUUAACGAUGACAUUCAUUUCAAUUUCGAACUGAAAAAGGCGAAUUUCACCGACGCUGGUCAAAUAAAGAUUCCCAACGGUAAUGAUGAGUUUACACUCAACAUUUGUGGAAAUCAUCGAAUAGCUGAAACUGAUUACUCUCAGGGUUUGGUGAAUUUAUUCUUCACUACAGAGGCGCCAUGCGGCAACUCAAAUGUUCAGCUGCGUCUAAUUUGUAGUGGUGACACUAAGCGCGUUAUCAACUAUGACAAUGCGGGCAAGGAAUGCAACUUGGUCGUGCACCAGAGCACGCCGGAUAUCUGCAAAUUCCUCAGUCGAGCGGUGCCGCCGGCGGCGCAGGACUCGGCCGUUAGCACCACAGUUGCAACACCAACAACUACAACAACGACAAAGAGCAGCACAGCAGCACCAGCAGGCGGCGUAGAUAAUGGCGGCGCACAUCCUGCCGAGCAAACUGGCUCCAUUGGUGCUAUAUUGGCCGCCAUACUAUCGCUGACUUGCUUCGUCGCUUGCCUUGGCGUGUUUGCCUUUUCGCCGGAGCGCCGGAACAGCGUGAGGCGCUUGUUUAGACGCACUACAUCGGCGGUGCGUUACUCGCGGGUAAGUUUUGUAGGAAGGGAAGGUUCAAUCUAAUGAGGAAGCGAACCUGUUGCUCGAGACAAAUGGCGAGUUUACGGACAGUGAUGAUGAACUACUGCUCUAGAGCAAAUGC